UCAUAAAUAUAUUUUUAAUAGUAAUAAAUUAUAUGCGAUACUGUAAAGUGUGUUGCAGUAGGAAUAAAUUUUCGCAGCUUCGGUUUGGGUGUGUAUUUCAUCAAUUUUAUUUCAGAGUAAAUUAAAUGAAAAAGAAAUUGGGUGAUGUAUUUAGAAGCUUUACAUCAAAGUGCUUUCAGGAUUGUAAUUAACUAAAGCGCUAAAUUCAAUUGACAAAGUUGUAUAAUUUUUGUUCGUUUUUUCAUAAUCAUUUAUAGCGUUCCCAAAUUGAAUUUUAUCGAGCAGUCUUUACAAAAUUCCAUUAACCUCAGAAAAUUUCUCGUAAGAUUUUUAAUUUCUGUUGAUUAUGCAAAAAGAUUGAGUAACGAUAAUCGAAGGUAUGAUAAUUACCGUGUGUCGUACAAAAUGUGCAAUUAAAAUUUUCUAGUUUGAAAUUUCUUUCCGCUUUCGCCGGGUGUUAUUUUAGCUAUGGGGCACUUUUAAAUUGCUAAUUUUCGAUAAAUGUUCACGAUACAUAAUUGGUUAUUGUGGGCAACAUUUGGGUCAAGUUUUUUAUGAAUAUUUAUUUAGACGAAUUUUAAUACGUGAAAGAAAAUUAUUGCGGACUUAGAAAGUUCUUCAUGCUCUUUAAGCAUUAACGAGGAAGCCAGAUAUCUGUUGCAUUUAAGACUUAUUGUAGCAUGUCUUUUUAGAAUGUGUUUAUACGUCCGGCGUGUUAUAUUCUCCUUUAUUUUUGCUGCGCUGUUAUUAAAAACAUUUAGUCUAUCCAAGAAUUUGUUCACGUUCAUGUGUUCCACAAACAUGUGAUAAAGCAAACAUCGUUGAACAAACAGUGUGUAUACUAAGUGCAAAGUGUUAGUCUGCUAUAGUUAUGUUACCAAUUAUAUUUUGGAUGAUCACCAGCAUCGAAAAUGCUCACAAGGAGGUCAAGAACGUCGAAGACCAGCCCUGGAAGGGAUUCUCCGUUUUCCUCCACGUGCUGCUGCCAGUUGCCGGACUCGCUUUACUCUGGGGACAGAGGGGGAUUUUUGCCAAGUUGCUGCUUCAGCUGGACAGGAGUUGUGUCGCUGUUUAUUGCCCCUCGCUGAGUAAAAGGGAGAAAUUGUUGAAAUGGGCCAGCGAUAGAUUGCCUUCGACGUGGUCGUCACAAGCGAGGACUUUAUCUAGUGGCAUCCCUGAAUUAUGGAAAGAUGGGUCUCUUUUGUGCACACUCAUCAAUUCUGUUGUUCCGGGGGCGUGUCCAAAUCCACACAGACAUUGGAGGAAACCGCCGCUUCACGCACAAGCUCUUGCAUACAAAUACUUGGGAUUAGUUCCGGUGUUCACCGAGGACGAGCUUUCCGGCGAAUUAACAAUAAAUCAAGAAAGAAACUUUAUUAAUUAUUUACAUAAGCUGCAGGAGGCCAUCAACCAAUGGCCCACAAAGGACGGUGUAGACCGCAAGUUUUCAUCUCAAUAUGUUGCCCGAGGAAUGGGUUUAUACACUGGUGAGCAGCACCGAAAAACAGUUUUCUACGUAUAUUCAAACGCAACUACAAAAAAACGUAGCAAUGUGUUAAUGUACAUCAGAGGGCCAUACGGCACACAAGGCAAAGCCACUAUCUCCCCUUUUCACAAUCUAAAAACAAUACCCGUUGUGAACGUGUUAAAAGAUCAACUCGAAGCCACUAAAACAUUACCUUUUAAAAACGAAGAACAAAAGUCUUUUCUCAAAACUAUCUCUCUCGAUUUCACUUCGCUGAUUAGCAGUGUAGAAGAUAAGGACGAAACCAACGACAUUCCUAUACAAAUUGAAAUGGAAAUUGACAGAGCGAAAAUUACUUAUAUCCCCAACAACAGUGGUAUAUACGAGAUUAAUUUAAUUUCUGAUGGAGAGUUACUCAGAGGCACCCCUUACAUUGUUCAAGUGAUUAAUAAUACAUCGGAUAAAAGGGAUAGCUUUGAAACUGAGUGCGAAAAUGUCGACGAAAAAAUCACAUUCACUAAAAGAAAAAUUCUUUCAAAAGUGAUUGAUUGUGUCGACGAAAAGAUAUGUAUCGAUAAUAACAAAGUGUCACAAAUUAAACUUAAAGAUAUUACCGAAAGUUCAACAGAAAGCGAAUCUGAUGACCUCACAAUUACUGCAAUCACAAAAAAGAACGACGAAAUAUUGAAAACUGAAAUUAACUGCACAUUGGAAGACAUCAUCGAAGAAAUUAAUUCAGUCCAAGACAAAACUGUUUUAAAACAACACGAACCAGUCAACAAAGAUGCACUAGAAGAAAUAAAAACCAUUGCAGAAAAAUUGAAAACAGAAAUACCACACAUUUUCGACUCAACCGAAGUUAAUUUGAAAGUAGAUUCUUGUGAGAAAGUUGUAAGAAAUUGCGAUGAAGCCAGAACGGAACUUGUCAAUUUGUUACAAAACGAUUACGAUGAAACUGACUACAAAGAAAUUUAUAGUGGAAAUAAUGAUCUAGAAGAGAAAACUUUUGCCUCUAAAUUAGACGCCAAUUUAAUUGAAUCGACAACAUAUUUGAAAAACAUUGUCAAUUCUACGAGCAAACAAGAAAUACUUGAAAAUAUAUUACCAAGCAAAUUACUAAAGCAAGAAUCAGAAGAAGACGAAAAUAAUAAUUCUCCGAAAAAUGGUUCCAUGAAACGAAUUAAAAGCAAGAUUUAUUUAGAAAUAUGCCCUAAAAAUACGUCUAAAACCAACCCCUCCGUUGAUUCCCUAGAAACCACUUCCUCAAUAUGCCCCGAUCAUAUUGAUUCCGAAGUAGAAAAAAGUAGUUUGAACCAACUUACCUUAGCCGAAAAACGCAAAACUUUGGCGAAACAAAACAGUGUUAGUGUACCAGAUUGUGACACUACGUUUUCUACAACUGAAAACGAGGAUUCUUCAAACUCAGCUUUUAGGGAAUUAAGUGUAUUGAACGUCUUAAACAGUCUUCGAGAGUCUCGCAAAAACAGUUUAUCUGAUUCAUUAACUUCAGCUGUCAGUCUUCCUAAUAUGGCAUCGUUAGAAAACAAUGAAGAAAAUACAUUUAGAGCAAGAAAGGAUUAUUGGGAACGAUUGUCUUCUCGAAGUUCUAGUAGUGUUAGUUUAGCAAAUUCAGAGACUGGUAAUAAUCAAAGCAAAAAGAGAAAUGUUGCUACCAAAAACCUCGUAAAUAAUUACUUCCAAAGUGAAGACAAAUUGAACAAUAAAGAUACUAAAAAUGAAAUAAUGACCAAAUCGGUGGAUAAUUUACUAGUCCUAGAAUCAAAGAAUGUGGAUGAUAGCCGUAGACAUAAAUCAGUUGAUACCUCUUUAGAAGACUGCACUCUUAUACCGCUUGAAGAACGAAAGAAACAAUUGUUGAAAAAUAUGUGCGGGGAAGAAACUCGACCCUCCAAAACAAUAAACAUAAAAUUGAACUUUUUCAAGAAGGACACUAAACCCAAACAGGAAGCAAAGCAAACAUUUUUCGCUUCAAUAUCUGACCGUGUCCAGAAUUUUGAUAAAACAAACUCAAUGUCUAAACCUAAACUAGCACAAGAAGAAACAAAAAAAUCAUCGAGCAAACAAACGAUAAAAUCUCAAUUUAAACGAGCGAUCCAAUUUUUCAAAAAUCUGGAAAACAAUUCAAAGAUGAAAGAAAAGAAACGAGACAUUAACAGAAGAUACUCCCUCGACAUUCACCAAAAGAAAAAUAACUUCAUCAAAGUUAGAAGCGGAAGUUUGAAUUUACCAAAUGUGUCCGAGAGGUUCUUCGUCAACAAUUUAUACGAAGACGUUUUCGGCAGCAAAAACGGUAGUUUCAAAGGAGCGCCAAAUAAAAACGGAAUUGCAAACUCUCUUGCCUCACUUUCAAGAGAUUCUGACACAAACACCCCCAAAACGCAAGAAAAAAGUAAAAUUAGUUAUAAUUUAUUUGUAAAUAAAACAAAAAGUAAAAAACGGAAAAGUAUCAAAACGCUUUUUGAUGUAAAUUAUUAGGUAUAUUAAGGUAUUUU